GUGCGUUUUGCAGAAGAAGGAGGAGCUCAGGGGCCAAAUGAAGCAGCGUGGAUGUGAUGUCCUUUAAGAUUUCUUCGUAAAUCUUAAUGGAGAGGAAGAACGGAGCAGCAGCACUUCAACAAACUAUCUGAUUCAUGAACCCUGCUCUCAUUCAUCCACGUAGCUCUUGUUUUCUGCAGCAUUAGCUCCCCUUUGAGUUCUUGACGCCGCCCCCCUCUCCUACAUGGAACCCGUCUGAGCCAAUCAGAUCUCACAGUUCACCAGCUAUGGACUGCACGGCGGCUAUUUUGAAAGCAUGCGCCAGCUCCAGAACCAAGCUAUGCAGGCUGAGGCGGCCCUCGUCCUGUCAGCCGCAGAGGCCGGCGGGGCGCUGCAGAUGUGGCAGAGGUGUCAUGGCGACCGGGGUCGUAAACCGCGCCUCCUCCCUGCUGCAGUGUUUGCUGUUUUACACCUGCUGCUGUCUGCCGCCGGAAGAAAACUCUGAGCUGUGCCGAGAGUGGACGGAUGAAGGAAGACGGAGAAGGAGAAGUGGAGAGGAAGGUGAGGAUGAGGAUUUAGGACCUCCUCCCUCUGUGGACGAGGCGGCUGAUGCUCUGAUGACCCGGUUGGGCUUCCUGUUAGGGGAGAAGAUCAUCAGUGGAGAGGCGGGGUCACACUACCACGCCCAGGAUGGCGGACAGAGGAUUUCUCCUUCCUCCAGUCUGGCAAGCAGCAGCGCCUCCCCCUGCUCCACUCUGCAGCCCCCUGCUGGAGGGGAGGGCAACAACAACAACAAGCACGCCACCUCUUUCCACGCCUCCGUCACCUCGCCGACCUCCACGCUGGAGAGCAGAGACAGCGGCAUCAUCGCCACGCUGACCAGCUAUUCUGCCGACUCAGCAGCCGAGAGAGAAGAUGGCGCCAAAUACCCCGGGGAGGGUUACCAUGGCAGCAGCUUGAACCUGUGGCAGCAGGGGGGACGGGCGGUGGUCUCUUCUAACUCCUCGUCCUGUAUGACAGCAGGGAGGGUGAACGAAGGCUUCCUCUACAGGACUGAGGAGAACAUGUCGGCCUCCACCUACAGCCUCAACAAACUCCAUCCAGACCGGGGCCCCGGAUCGUCAGGAUCCACCCACUCCAUCCCGCUCUACCUCAUGCCCCGCCCCAACUCAGUAGCGGCCACCUGUUCUGCCCACCUGGAGGACCUCGCCUACCUGGAUGAGCAGCAGAGACACAUCCCAUCACGGACCUCUCUCAGAAUGCCCAGACAGAAUUCUGGGAGUCGUAGUCAACAGGACCACAGAGUUCGUUUCACCCCGUCUCUCAACCUGAAGCCGUUCCACUUUGAGGUUCCCGGGCUGUCGUCUGAUUGGCUGUUCACUGGCAGGGAGUGGCUUUUCCAGGAAGUGGAUGCUUGUCUCAGAAGUGACGACCCGGUGUCAAAUCGGGGUGUGGUGAUCGUUGGAAAUAUGGGCUUUGGGAAAACGGCCAUCAUCGCUCGACUGGUGGCACUCAGCUGUCACGGAAAACGGAUGUUUCCGACAGGGAGCGACCAAAGCACGGCUAAAAGUGUGGAUGCUGUGUCUUUCUCCCACGAUUCCUUGGGAAGAGGAGGAGGAGGCGAGGAAGGAGGAGGAAGCAGCUGUCCAGGGACUCCAGAGAUGAGGAGGAGACAGGAGGAGGCGCUGAGGAGACUCGCAGGACAGGUGGUCUCGUAUCAUUUCUGCCAGGCUGAUAACUGCCACACCUGCCUGGUUCCUGAGUUUGUCUACAACAUGGCGGCAAUGCUCAGUGACGCUCCUCAGCUGUCGGCCUACCGAGAGCUGCUGCACGCGUCUCCACAGCUACAGAGCACGCUCAGUCUGCGCUCCUGCAUCCAGGAUCCUAACUCGGCUCUGCAGAGAGGAAUCCUGGAACCACUGGACGCUCUCUACAGAGAGAGGAAGUUGCACGUAGAGGGGACGGGGCUUAUCAUAUUGGUUGACGGGCUGAAUGAAGCAGAGUUCCACCGACCAGACUACGGCGACACUCUGACAUCUUUCCUGACCAGAAACGUCCAGAAAUUUCCGUCAUGGUUGAAGAUCAUCACCACAGUGAGGACCAGCCAGCAGGACAUCACUCGACCUUUACCCUUCCACCGAAUCUCUCUGGACAGGAUGGAGGAAAACAACGCCAUCGACAAAGAUCUGCAGGGAUAUCUGAUGCAACGAAUCCACAGCAGUGCAGAGAUCCAGAGCAACGUGUCGCUGAGUAACGGCCGCCUCGAUAACAUGGCGCUGGCCAAACUGAUCAGCCACCUGAAGAGUCUGAGUAAAGGGUCGUACCUGUACCUGAAACUGACCCUGGACCUGAUCGAGAGAGGAUACCUGGUACUGAAGAGCUCCAGCUUCAAGGUGGUUCCUGUGAGUCUGGCGGAGGUCUACCUGCUGCAGCUGAACAUCAGAUUUCCCACACAGUCGUCUUUCCAGAGAGUUCUGCCGCUGCUCAACAUUGCUGUGGCUUCACUGCACCCUCUGACUGAUCAACAGCUGUUUGAGGUGGUGAACGCCAGCGCUCUCACCGGAGGAUCUCUGCCCUGGGCGGAGUUCGUGCAGCGUCUCGAGCAGCUCUCCUCCUUCCUGCUGCGGCGGAGCGACGGCACCUGGAUGAUAAACCACGCCUCCUUCAGGGAGUGGCUGAUGUGGAGGGAGGACGGGCAGGACGACAGGUUCCUCUGCGACCCCAGGAGCGGUCACACUCUGCUGGCCUUUUGGCUCUGCAGACAGGAGGGAAAGCUGAACAAACAGCAGACACUGGAGCUCGGACAUCAUAUCCUAAAGGCUCACAUCUACAAGGGUCUGAGUAAGAAGCUUGGGGUUUCAUCCUCAGUUCUGCAGGGGCUGUGGUUGUCCUACAGCACAGGGAGCCUGAGCGGAGCUCUGUCAUCACUGCGUAACCUCUACACCCCAAACAUCAAGGUGAGCCGGCUGCUGAUUAUGGGCGGGGCUGAAGUUGAUUUCCAUAGCGAUGUCCUUAACAACGCCCCCCUGCUGUGUGUCCAUGCCCACCUGGGUCACACUGACGCCGUGGCUCUUCUGCUGGACCACGGAGCUCAGGUGAAUUCUCAGUCACAUGAUGGUAUGACGGCGCUGGGUUUCGCUGCAGCGGCUGGUCACCUCGAAAUCGUCACCAUGCUGUGUCAGCGUGGAGCAAAGGUGGGUCACGUGGACAGCUCAGGCCGAUGCGUGUUGGUGCUCGCGGCGCAGCGAGGUCAUCUCAAUGUGCUGCGCUUCCUGCUGAAGCGUGCAGACUGGAGCUGCACUUCCUGCUGCAGCCAGAGAGGAGUGAGCAGGAGCGAGGCGGUGCAGCAGGCUCUGACUGCAGCCGCCAGCAAAGGACACACAGAGAUGGUGUCAUACCUUCUGGAUCUACCCGAGGAAGAUGAUGAAGAAGAGGAGAGGCCGGAGAUCAACACACCAGACAGUCUGUGGGGGGAGACAGCUCUGACUGCAGCAGCAGGAAGUGGUCGGCUGUCUCUCUGCAGGUUGUUGUUGGAUCAGGAGGCUGAUGUGAAGCAGGUCAACAGGAGGGGCGUGGCUCCGCUGUUCAACGCCGUCAGAGGCGGACACUGGCAGGUGGUGGAGCUGUUGUUGAAUCAAGGACUGGACGUGAACAUGCCCGACCAAAAUGGGCGGACAGCUCUGAUGACGGCGGCCUCAGAGGGACAUUUGACCACUGCCAAGCUGCUCCUGGAUCAUGGAGCGUCCCUCGACCACACGGACAGAGAGGGGUUGACGGCACUGAGCUGGGCGUGUCUGAAAGGAAAGCUCCCAUUGGUCAGAGAGCUCGUGGAGAGGGGAGCGGCCACGACUCACGCUGAUCGAAGUGUUCGGACACCGCUGGAUCUUGCCGCCUUCUGUGGCGAUCCAGAAGUGGUGCAGUACCUGGUGGAUCACGGUGCGUCAGUGGAACAUGUUGACUGCAGCGGGAUGCGUCCUCUGGACCGAGCUGUCGGCUGCAGAAACACUUCGGCUGUCAUCGCUCUGCUCAAGAAGGGAGCCAAAAUAGGACCAGCAACCUGGGCCAUGGCCACGUCUAAACCCGACAUCUUAAUGGUCCUUCUCAGCAAACUGAUGCAGGAAGGAGACAAACUGUACAAGCAAGGAAAAGUGAGGGAAGCUUCUCACUCCUAUCAGUCAGCUCUGCAGAAGUUUCCAGGAGACGAGUCGAAUGCGUUGAGACAGCUGAGGGUGUGCGUGCUGCUGAACCUGUCACGCUGCCACCGCAAGAUGAAUGAUUUCAGCCUUGCAGAGGAGUUUGCCUCCAAGGUUUUAGAGCUGAAACCAAAAUCUUAUGAAGCUUUUUAUGCCAGAGCACGAGCAAAACGCAGUCUCAGACUGUUCCAUGCUGCUCUGGAGGAUCUCAUUGAGGCCAGUCGUCUUUGUCCAUCAAACCGUGAGAUCCAGCGCCUACUGGCCAGGGUCAAAGAAGAGUGUCGCCAGGCUGCACAGCAACAACAAGACUCUCCCCCGCCCCCAUCACAUCACGUUUAUCAACAAAACGUUGCUGCAAGUGAAGGCAGGAGCAGAGAUUCAGGCUGUCUGCAGAUGCAGGAAAGGGACGGGCUUACAGAAGAAGAAGAGGACGAUGAUGAAGGGGGUUACAGAGAAGAAGAUGCUGCCCCCAUCUCCCCUACUCACCUGUAUCGUCAGCAAACAAGCUCCAUCCACUCCCCGUCUUCCUCUUCUCCUGCUCACCCUGCACCUCCAUCCUCCUAUCACCAUUUCGGCCAGGUUCCUUCUUCAAUGCAGCAUGAGAGCUCAAUGUCAGAGAGUUUGCCUGGAAAUGGAGGUUUCCACCACCAGCUGCAGUCCUUCUCUGCCCUCCACUAUACUGACCAGAACUCCGGACUGCAGUACCACCAACAUCCGUCCAAUCAAAGAUCCUUCCAGAAGCAGAACCCUGGUCAAGCCCAAUGGCUCCAACCAGCCAAAGCCCAGGUGGUCAGAACCAACCAGCCCAGUUCCUCGGCUCAUUCCAGCUCAGUUUUGGGAAAUUCUGCCUACUCCCAGUUUGGCCACUUGCCUCAAGAGCUUGCAAAGCUGGGGGAAGGAAUUUGCCCAAGUAACCCAGAUUUCAGAAUACCUGGAGCACCAUAUUCACCAGAUGACGUUGAUGUUGACUUGGCUCCCCAGAUUAGACCCAUGCCUCCUUAUGCUAGAGAUGGAGGAGGGGACAUGGCCGGGAUAAACCGAUUAAUCCAAGCCCGCCAGUUUAGCCGCAGCCAAUCAAAAGCAGCCUAUUACCCCAUGGAGGUUACAGAGGUACCAACAAGCCCCCCUGAUAACCUUAUGUCAUCACACGAGUAUCAGUACUACCACCAGGGAGGACUGAGACGCCCAGUCAGUGCCCACCCAGUCCCUCCUUCUACAAAGCCUCUUGUCCACUCCCAGAGCACCAGUGUCCGCUUUAACAGUGUCAACCAGGCUGGUGCGCAGCUCGCCAACCAUGGCUCAAGCUUUAGGACUUCUGCCUCAGCUCAGCACAUGGAUAUACCCCCAGAUCUGGGAGGGUUUACCGGUUAUCAUGACGACUUCUUUCUGAACUCUGUUCCCCAAUCGGAAAUGUGCAUAGGAGGUGGGACGUACCCUGGAGAGGCAGGACGUUCAUCUAGGAACACUCCUUUUAUGGGCAUCAGCGACAGAACUACAAGAGUCCACCAGCAAUAUCAAGCUCCGUCCAGCUCUUCUUCAUGUCUUAGUCCUUCUCGCUCCUGGGCUGUGUCUUCAGUCGACACCGUGGUCAGCUCUCCAAGCAAAACCCCCUCCAAUCAAGGGGGCUUAAGUAAACCCCAGCCAUCCUCUAUCGCCUACUACAACCGCAGCAACAACAACGCCCACAAUGGCGGCUUUCUUUACGACAACCAGCUGGACUACCAUGAGGUGCAACCAGGAGGAGGUCAGGUUAAAAGUCAGAACCCUUCCUACGUGGAUGUAAAGCUGGCUCGAACGCUGCCGGUGAUUCAUAGCUGCUCUGACAGACCAAAAGGCCCUACCUCUCCCGUCAAGCCAAAAAGGCCCUUUGUUGAAUCCAAUGUCUAAGGCCGUUUGAUUGUCCUGGUUGGACGGGGAAGAGGGGAAUGAAGAAAAAGGGUGCUCUUGCAUUUUCACAGACCUGUGGAUUUACACCUUACACCUGGCUUGUUGUCCAUUCAGCAUGAACUGGCAGAUGAUGCAACAUGCAAAAAAUGACUGGUGGUACAACUUCUUGUUCUGACGCUGGUUGUUGUCCUGGAAGAUAAGAUUGGAAGGUAACAGUUCGACCUCUGGUUGCUCAUACGUAGUCGUUCGUACAACUGGAGCUUCGUCUGACUGGGUCAUCUGAGGGGUAUUGUACAGCUAGUUGUUCAUGUGAUUGAAUGUUCUUUUUGAAGACUUAUUUCUGGGGCUUUCUGCCAUAUUUGGAGAGGAUGGGACAGUGGAUAGAGUAGGAAAUCUUGGAGACAGUGGGGAGAGGAGCCACAGAGAGGCUGCCCACUUGGAGGACUAACUUGGAGUUGCAACCUGACUGCUAGGACAUAAAGGCCUCAUAAGUGGAAGUUCUUUCAACUGGAAGUUCAUAUGAUGGGUGGUUUGUACCAGUUGCUUAUAAGAGUGGAAGUUCAUACAACUGGAAAUUGUUAUGAUAGGUAGUUUGCAUGACCACCUACUUAGCAGUGGAAGUUUGUACAUCUGCCAAUCAUUUGACUGGUAUUUCAUAUGAGUAGAGGUUUGCACAACUCUCAGUUUAUUUGUUGGGUAGAUUGAAUGACAGUGCAUUCAUAUUAAUUGAAACUACUGGAAAUUUGUAUGGUGGGUAGUUGAUAGGGGUGUAAUGGUUAAUAGUGGUCACAGAUGAAUUCACACCUCGCUCCUGGGGUCUCAACAAGAAGUCCACGUUGCAUAUUUCUACGUUUUUCGUAUUUAUUAUUUUGAGCUGGCCGUCGUGGAAAUUCCAGUUUGUUGCUGUACCAGCCCUGGGAUUGACUGGCAAACAGUCCAAGGUGCACCCUGCCUCAUGUCCACUGAUGACUGGAAUCUCCUGAUUGGACAUUAUAAAAAAGAUAUACAGGGACAAAGCAAAAUAAAACCUGUGCACCGGCCAUGAUGUCCAAAUGGUUACUGUUACACCCCUGGUAAUUCAAACAACUACUUGUUCAUAGGAGUGGAAGAUGGUACAACUCAAAGCACGGGUGAUGGGUAGUUUGCAUGACUAGUCAUUUUUGAGUGGUUAUUAUUCGUACAGCUGGAGGCUUGAACUUUAAAUGACAGUUUGCACAACUUGUAGCGUUUAAGACAGUAUCUGGCAAUACAUGAUGGUCAUAUGAAGUUUAAGGGGGAAAUAAUUGUUCUAAAAGGGUAACAGUACGUCCUGUCUGUUCUGCCUUCAAGGCGUUCAUAGCCAAGGCCUGUGCUUUCUUUCUUUUAUGCUAAUUUAAGACUGGGUGCGUCUCGACUGUGUGACUGUGCUAUCACAGCCCUGUCUUUCUUCAUAAGUUUUACCUCAGUAAAUCUACAUACAAGUGACUUGUAUAACUAAGCCAAGAAAAUUUCAGAACAAAAGUAUCCUGUACAAACAGGCUGAGUUUCUCCACAGAAAUGGCAAACAAAGCUUUUAAUUUGAAAAGCACAAACAUGAGGGGUUUAUCCUGCUGGUGACAUAUUCUACCAAUCUAGAUAUGCAGUACUGUGCAGAGCUUUUAGGCAUGUUUGCGCCAAAAAUUGAGGCUGAAAUAAGUUGUGUAAGUUAGUCCACCUGAAGAACCAACGGGCAGGAAGGAGGAUCGACACAAUCCAAGCUUUGCUCUGGAUGUCUUUGCAUAUCACCAGGGGCAUGGGAAAAUAAUUUGUUAAACCAAUACAGUCCACGCCUUUAAGAAGGGGUAAGGGGUGGAAGAGGCAAGUAAGAACGGCAUAACCCUACCAUUCAAGCAAGUAGUAUGGUUGCCACGAGCCCCAGAUUGUGCUGCGGAUGUCCCAAGGGCCCAAAAACUGCCAGGGGUCUUCGGUGUAUUACCAUGGGUAAAAAGGCCCAGACAAAAGAGGUGCCAUCGAGCUUGACCUCCCCCACAAAAGCCCCAGAUUGUGGCACAUCAGGCCCUGUGAUGAAUCCUUACCACCCUACAUGCCUUAAACGAAAGUGCAUGACUGUAUAUAUCUACUAAAACAAGGUAAAUAUAGCUCUCUUCUUUUAUUUUCCUGUGGCUGAGAGACAUGGACCUGCAGCUCAAAUCGGCAAGCCUUCUAUUCUCUAGAUUCUUGGCGCAUGAGACUCAGCGCUUGUGCAGGCAGUCUGAAAUUCCUCAGUUGUUAACAUGCAUCCCGAAAUAAAACUAAAGCUGUGACACAGCAGUCACACAGGUAACACACACCCAUUUGGAAAUUUCCGUUAUGUGCUCACAUGGAAAGUGACCGCAAAGUAAAGAGAGAUAUUUUCACUUGCCAAAUGCUGCCAAAGGUGGGCCUGGGUACACCUUGAUGAGUCUGAAUAGCAUUUAAUUUGAAGCAUACUUAAGACGGGUGAAAGCACAAGAUAUGACACAUAUUGCCUUUUGCAGGCAGCUCCAUCCAUUAACCAGUAAGGGAGACUGAAAAGAAGCAAUGAUGAAGGGAAGGGAAUGCAUACGUGAGACAGCUACUGCCAUCAUGAAGAAAAACAAAGAUGAAGAUGUCAAGAAAAUGAGAAACAUAAAAAAGACGUCAGUCUCUAACAUACAUCUCUGCAUUUCAACACUGAAGUCUCUGAAUGUUAGUGAAUACGAUUUUCAUUCCAAGUUUAAAGUGCUUAAAUGAUACGAUGACUGGAACCCUGGAUACAGUCUCUGACAGAUCAGUCUCUAAGACUUGCUAUAUGCUGGUCAGUGACCUGGUCCCAAGCCAUAGUUUGAGAAACAUGGAGGAUGCUGUCAUUUAAAAAGCACUGACUUGUUGUACAUACAAAAUAUGUGAUAUUUAUCUUUUUAAAGUAUAUCUGUAUCAAACUGUAUAAAGCUCAUUUCUUUGAAACCGUAGACUCCUUUUUGAUUUGUCUGUAUAUGUGGGACUUUUUCACACAGUACAUAAAGAUUAAAACUUUUCCUUUAGAGACAAAACUGCAGAUUUAAGUUUUGUUUCCGUAACCAUCUCUCUUGUAAAAAUGCCUUUUAUUGUUUGGGGGCUUUCUUUGCCUGUUACUUUUUCUAUGAACUCAUUUUUUACAUUACAUAGUCCAGAAAUUCCUGAUUUAUGCAAACUGGAAGGAUCGUUGCUGAUAUACUUUGGCUCUUUAGACUGUUUGCAUCGAGGUUUAGCGCUUACAUUCACAACAAACUGCCAGUAACUCGAUGAAAGUCCUAUUUUCUGAGCAUCUUUACACAAAACUUUUAGCUAAAACCAUAGCUAGAAACUGCCCAGUCAAGCUACAACUUUCUCCAUAGUGUUGCUUUUAUAGGGCGUUGGUAAAAGUUUGUUGAAGGUUUACGCUCCUCAGCUCGGCUUGCUAGCUUUAUUAGCUAUAAAAAGCACCAUGUAUUUUUUUUGCAAGCAAAAAUCAUAUCUGUUGUUAUGAAGAGCAUAUCUGAAAUUCCUUAUAAAACGUUCUUGUCCAAACAAAAAAAAUCGAAAAGAAAUGCACUAUUAACAUCAUAUGGUGCCUUAGUUAGCUUGGUUAGCUAGUUAGCAACAACGAAUAAAAUUAGCAGGCAAAGGCAAAAACAGAUAGCAGCUUAAGUUUAGAAAUGUAAUAAUGCAAUUUAAUUGAAAGGAUGUAAUUAUUAUUUAUUUAUAACAAGACAGAAAAAACUUUGUUACUCCAUGUCUGCCAACAUCAGCCUGCAUUAGCUUGUAGUUCGUAUAAUGUGUUAAAUUCUUUUUUAAAAACAGUGAAGAAUUUUGCUGUUUUCUACCUGUUUCAAGGGAAUUCACAAUUCUCUCCCAUUUUCAGCACAAUAACGGUCACCAAAAGCACAAAAACCCCUUUAGAAAACAUUUAAAAAUCUGCUGACUCAUGGUGCUUACACUAGCUCGAUUAGCGAAGCAGCACACCUUUAUUUCUCACUAUAGUCAGCUGUAGACUAAUAAAAAUCCCUUUUAUGAAAAAUACACAAAAAUAAGAAUAUUAGAAUGAAUUUUUAACCAGGUAUGGUGGGUAUGUAGCUUUAAUUAGAUGACGGGUCUAAAUAAGCACAUUAGCUUUGUUUUUCCAGCACAAAAUCCUGAUUUUAGACGGCAACAGCACACUAGAAAACCAUUUUUCUACACAGGAAAUAAGACUGUAAACCAUCUCAUGCAGCUUAUAUUAGCUUGAUUUUAGCAAAGAUGGCAUUUUCAACAUGCUAACAUUAGCUUGAUAAGCUGAAAUAAGAAGUAUUAAUGUUGAGGCUAAUAUGGUUGCAGUCACUAGCAUGUUAAUAAAGGAGUUUGUCUGUUUUGACUGAAUCCAGUCCUAAAAUGUAGCCUACUUAAAACUCUGUUUAGUGAAAGUCUUACUUGCAUUAGCUAGCUAGCAGCUACUUACAGCCAGCUAGAUAAACUCUUCUAUUCAAAUUUCAAAGAGUACAAGCUAAACAGAAAUAGGAUAGGGUAGCUUAUUUGCUAGCGUCUGUAAUUGAGGAGCACAGCUCGUAUUAGCUUGAUGAGAAAACAGUUUGACCGUGACAGAGACUAACUAAAGAGUUAGCUAAGAGUAUUUCCAGUGUUCAGAAAGUGGGACUUUGGUUCUUUUUAAUGCAUUUUGUGUACAUUAAUGCCUGUUUCUCUACAUAUCGUGUAUGAUUUACCAGCAACUUGUUUUAUAGCUGCUGAUGCAGAUUGAGCCUAUGACCUCUUUAUAAAAACAGUCUUUGUGCUCUUAUUUUCUUACUGCUCAGGAUGUCCAGCUGUGAGAAGAUGUGGCAGUAGUCAACAGCGCUAGAUUUAAAGCCAUUUUCACGGUUAAAAUGCUGGUUAUGGAGGGUAAUUCUGGCCAGAUUAAAUAACAAUUACAUAAUCAAAUGAUCAAACACAGCUCAAAAUAGUUAACAUGAAGGUAAACAACAUUCUGAAGUGUAUCUGUUGCUUCAAAUCCAUUUUUAGCAAUGCCGUGGAUUUGUUGUUGUAGAAAGAAAACCCCAGACCUGUAAUGGGUCCUGAACCACAGGUUUGAAACCACAGAGAAACCAGCAUUUUUCCAGCCUGUUGGAACUGAUGUCGAAUGUGUGUGUUCCCAGUUAAUGGAUUUACUGUUUGCUUUUUUUAUUGUGUUCAUAAUAAGUUAAUAUUUAAACUCAGAAUGGUAAUGGUGAAAAGAACCGUGAUGAAUGUUUCAGCUCAUGUGAGAUAAUGGAAUGGAGAAUA